AUACAAAGUAAAGCAAGAAAAUCUGCACUUGGCUAUGGAUAAAAAAGAGAAAUCCAAAGAGAAAAUGGAAAAGAGGCGCCAAGAGAUCUCCCUCCUCCGCACCAUUCCUUAUUCCGAUCACCAGAGAUGGUGGAGCUCGGAGACUAUAGCGGUGGUGACCGGCGCAAACAGGGGAAUUGGGUUCGAGAUCGUGCGCCAGCUGGCGCUGCACGGUCUAACGGUCAUCCUCACGUCCCGUGACCCGGGUGUCGGUGAAGAGGCUGCGAAAGUUCUUCAGGAGGGCGGCUUAAACGUCGUGUUCCACCAGCUGGACAUUUUAGACCCUCAAUCCAUCGAGAAUUUUGUCGAGUGGGCCAGAGAAAAAUACGGCGGUAUAGAUAUAUUGGUAAACAAUGCUGGAGUAAAUUUCAACGCGGGUUCGGAUAAUUCUGUGGAAUAUGCAGAGAAAGUGAUUGGUACCAACUAUUUCGGGACAAAAAGUAUGAUCAAGGCCACGAUUCCUCUAUUCAGACCUUCGGAAGCAGGUGCACGUAUUGUCAAUCUCAGUUCUCGAUUGGGGAGAUUAAACGGAAAACGAAAUAGAAUUGAAAAUGUGGAGCUGAGAAGAAAACUGGAGGACGACGAGUCGCUAACCGAGGAAUUAAUCGACCAGACAAUGAACACGUUUCUUGAACAAGUGAAGGAUGGCAGUUGGGUGGAUGGCGGGUGGCCCCACGUAUUUACGGACUACUCACUGUCGAAAUUGGGUGUAAAUGCGUACACAAGGCUGAUGGCGAAGAUUUUCACGGGCAGGCCCGAAGGCCACAAGAUAUACAUCAACUCCUACUGUCCUGGCUGGGUGAAAACCGUGAUGACGAGCUGGGCAGGCCACGUCAGCCCUGAAGAAGGGGCCGACACUGCAGUUUGGCUGGCCCUGCUGCCCGAGCAGUUUGUGACCGGCAAAUUCUUUUCCGAGAGGCGGGAAAUACAUUUCUGAAAAACCAAAGGGUGUGAUUGCUAUUAUUUUCUGGAUGGAAAUGAGUGGUUUAUUAGUUGUGUGCAUCUGCUGGGGGCUUUUGUUGAAUGAGUGCAGUGCGAUUCAAAUGCGAAGGCUGCAGCUUUUGUUAGUGUGUGUGAUAAAACACAUAUUUUUUUUGUAAGACGGCCUAAUCGCUUGUUGGAUCUGUCCAUUAUGUUUUUAGAUGAAUAUAUUCAUGCUAUGAAAAAU